UCGGGCGGAGGCCCUGGAGGGCCAAUCAGUGGAGUUGGGGGUGGGGUCAGAGGAAACACAGGAAGUAGCAGGGACGGCAGAGGGCGGAGCCAUGUUAGUGAAGAGCGAAUCAGUGGAGGAAGCAGAGGAGGAGGAAGUGGCUGAGCCUUCAAAGCCGGUGCCCGGUACUCCACUGCAGAAGUCGUCGAGUGUUGGCGGAGACAUUUGUUCUUUGGGGAGAAACGACGAUGAUGACGAUGACAAGAAGCGGCGCUCGAGCUUUGGAGCAAAGAUGAUGGGGAUGGUGGGACUGGGAAAGAAGAGUCAGAGCGCCUCCCAGCUCAACCCUGAGGAGGAAGAGAAGAAGAAGAAGGUGGUGAGACUUCCUGUCCAGAGGAGCGUAGAGACCGGAUUGGCCAUUGAGUUUAAAGCCCGCUUCACCCGCCAGCCGAGCCGCGACCCCGACGCCGAGGACCCCAAACCUGGAGCGUAA